GAGCUGAGUAAAGCCAAAGCAGCGUGUGUGACGGAGAGGGCCCAGGCAGAGGAGGAGCUAGGAAGAGUGCGAGCUCAAGUGCGUCAGGAGGAGCAGGAACAUGUGUCGUCGUUGGAGGAGAAGCUUCGCUCAGCACGUACCUGCCUGCAGGAGGUCCAGCUGCACUGCUCCCAGCAGAAACAGACCAUCUCUGAGCUGCAGGCCAAGAACAGCCAGCAGAGCAUCGAGAUCAACGCAAUGCGGCGGAGGACGGAGGAGCUCCAGCAGGAGCUGUCGGGUAAGGACCAGGAGAAGGUGGCAGAGGUGAACCGGGUGAAGGUGGAGCUGCAGGAGCAGAUUGGACAUCUCCAGGCAGAGAGGACGGCACAGGGAGGACUCAAAGAGAAGAUCAGUGCUCUGGAGAGAGAGAUUAAAG